GUGAUGACGCCAGUGAGUAUUACUCACGCAGCGCAGAUGGCCGAGUGUGGGGCAAGAAAAAGCUGCAGGAGACAGCGGAGUACCCAGACAAGUUCCUCAUUGAGGAUGCUUGGUUUGCACUUGCCAUUACAAAUGUGGCCCGAGUGUUCUCGGCGUCUGCAUCACUGCGUGCGGACUGGGCAACCGCUUUGCUGAAGCUUCCGGAAGCAGAGCCCGAGCAAGCAUAUCCGCAUGGUAGCAUGGUCUUCUUCGAAAAGUGA